AUGUCUGCUUUAACUUCAUUGAGUCAUUUAAACUUGUCUCACAAUAAUCUCUCAGGACCAAUUCCUAAAGAUAAUCAGUUCUCAACUUUUAAUGACCCGUCUAUUUAUGCUUACAACCCAUACCUUUGUGGAUCGCCACUUCCAAACACGUGCCCGGGUGAUCUUUCACAUGGAGCUUCUGAAAGCAAAGGUAAUGAGGAUGAAGAUGGGAUAGAAAAAGUAUGGUUCUACUUUGUGAUAGCACUCGGCUUUGGGACUGGGUUAUGGGGAGUUAUUUUCACUUUGUGGUUCAAGAAGAAUUGGAGACAUUCUUACUUCAGAUGGGUGGAAGAUGUUGGUGAUGAGAUAUAUGUGGCAAUUGUAAUAAAAGUGGCCAAAUUAAAGAAGAUGAAGAUGAAGAGAAACCAUGACCAUGAGUGA